CUGAGCCGGCCGCGCCCUCGCCCCUCCCGGGCCUGCCCACGCCGCGGCUGGCUGCGCCGAGUGUUUGAAACUCCUCCCAUCCCAGAGCUGAGGGAGGUCAGUGUCACUUGGUCCAGUGAAACUCACAUUUGGACCCUCCUCCUGGUUGCUCAGCCGAGAUCGUGGAUUCACGUGGGAGUGGGCCAAAAGAUCGUCGCUGGGUUGGUUUGUGGAGUGCUGCUUGCUGAAGGGACAGACACACCAUUGCGCAUGUGACACCCGGAGGUGCCCCCCUGAGGAGCACUGCUUUGGAGAAGCUCCCUUGGGCUGAUGGAGAAUUGGGCUCCCCACACCCUCUCUGUCUCCAGCUGAGAUUAUGGUGGAUUUGGGCUCCGGCCCAGGCCUGGGCCUCCGGCUGCUGACCCAGCCCCGGAGGCGUUAGCAAGAGCCCUGCGCCAUCCCCAGACACCAGCCCUCCUCCCAGGGGCCUGGAGCUGGCGAGUGACUAUGCGGCUUGGACUGUGUGUGGUGGCCCUGACUCUGAGCUGGGUGCACCUUGCUGCCGGCAGCCGGGGGAUCAGGGGGAAGAGGCAGAGGCGGAUCAGUGCCGAGGGGAGCCAGGCCUGCGCCAAAGGCUGCGAGCUCUGCUCUGAGGUCAACGGCUGUCUCAAGUGCUCGCCCAAGCUGUUCAUCCUGCUGGAGAGGAGCGACAUCCGCCAGGUGGGCGUCUGCUUGCCGUCCUGCCCGCCUGGAUACUUCGACGCCCGCAACCCCGACAUGAACAAGUGCAUCAAAUGCAAGAUCGAGCACUGUGAGGCCUGCUUCAGCCACAACUUCUGCACCAAGUGUCGGGAGGGCUUGUACCUGCACAAGGGCCGCUGCUAUCCAGCCUGUCCCGAGGGCUCCACAGCUUCCAAUGGCACCCUGGAGUGCGGCAGUCCUGCACAAUGUGAAAUGAGCGAGUGGUCGCCGUGGGGGCCGUGCUCCAAGAAGAAGAAGCUCUGUGGUUUCCGGAGGGGCUCCGAGGAGCGGACGCGCAGGGUGCUCCACGCCCCUGCGGGGGACCACGCCGCCUGCUCCGACACCAAGGAAGCCCGGAGGUGCACAGUGCGAAGGACGCCGUGUCCCGAGGGGCAGAAGAGGAGGAAGGGAGGCCAGGGCCGACGUGAGAACACCCACAGGAACCUGGCCAGGAAGGACAGCAAGGAGACGGGCGCUGGCUCUCGGAGACGCAAGGGGCAGCAGCAGCAGCCGGGCACAGCCAGGCCGUUCACGACUGCAGGGCCCACCUAGGCCCCGGGUCCAGUGCCAGGCCCGUCCGAAAGAGUUCAACGCUGCUCUGUGUGAUGAAGCUUUCCUGGACGGGAAUGUCGGGGUUGAUGGACACACACCUGGCAUCCAUCCGUGCACACAAACACACACUCAAACCCCUUGUCCCCAGAGGGAACCAGCAGACACACACACACACACACACAUGAGGCCAUCAGAAGACACUUCCAUCCCCCGGGACCAACAGUACACAUUGGCUUAUGAUGCUCGCAGUAGACAUGGCACAGAGAACAUUCUGGCAUCUGAGCCCAUCCUUGCAGCACGGAGUCUUCUGGAGGAACUUCUGGGAUCAGAUCGGCCAGGAGAGGCUGAUGGGAGUCCAAGUUGAAGCCUGAUGGGGAUCCGGGCUGGAAGUGCCUUCCUGCCCUAUCAGGCGCUCCCAGCCAAGUGACUUUAUCAUUGGAGAGAAUUGUUACACAUCCAUGACGCAUAUCAGGGCUGACCUGACUCUGAAAACUGCUUAAAAGUUUAUUUCAAAUUAAAAAGAAAUCAACAA